GAUAAUUUACAUUACAGCUUUGACACUGGCAGUGACGCUUCAUCAGACAACUUCAACCAUCGAGAGUUCAUCUGAAAACCAAGAUAAUUUUGAUUUUCCCGCUUGCUCAAAGGAACAAAAAGAAAUGAUGCCUAGUUGUGGAAAUGGAAGAGCCAUGGCUGCCAACAAGGAGAGAACUUUCAUCAUGGUCAAGCCCGACGGUGUCCAAAGGGGCCUUGUUGGAAAAAUCAUCAAGCGAUUCGAGCAGAAGGGCUUUAAAUUGGUCGCCAUGAAGUUCAUGUGGGCCUCUGAAGAGCUCCUGAAACAACACUACUCAGACCUGUCCAGCCGUCCAUUUUUCCCCGGUCUAGUUAAAUACAUGUCUUCUGGCCCUGUUGUGCCCAUGGUCUGGGAGGGUCUGAAUGUAGUAAAAACUGGCCGUGUACUUUUGGGUGCUACCAACCCAGCUGACAGUGCUCCAGGAACCAUCAGAGGAGACCUCUGUGUCCAAGUUGGCAGAAACAUUAUCCAUGGAUCUGAUGCAGUAGAAUCAGCUAACAAAGAAAUCAGCCUCUGGUUCAAUGAAAAGGAAUUAGUCAACUGGCAACCAGUCUCCCAACCCUGGGUCUAUGAAGAUUAGAUUAAACAAAUUACAAAUCAUAUUUCAGUUUUAAGUCUCAAAAGAAAUUAAUUUAUAGAUUGCUAUACUGCUUUUAUUUUUUUAGACUUCAGAAAUACUGUGUCUAUUAUUUUCUUGAAAAUGGUGCCUUUUUAAAAGGAAAAUGCAAGAUAAUAAAUCACGUUCACCACCUUUGUAA